AGGACUGAAAAAAACGUAAGACGUUCGUCGUUUCAACGACUUUUUAGUUCAUUUUCGUCGUGUCAACUUACUUUCGCUCUAAAAUACGCGGAAGUCAAAAGUUUCCUUCCCGACCCGAUCCUCGCAUCAAAUCUCGGACACCCAAAAAUCAGAAAAAUCAGAUUUGGAUUUAGCUGCUUGUUUUUUGGGGGGAAUUGAAUUAGAAUGGGGACUCCAGAAUUCCCAGAUCUUGGAAAGCAUUGCAGCGUUGAAGAUUGUAAACAGAUUGACUUCUUGCCUUUCACUUGCGAUCGUUGCCGCCUGGUCUUUUGCCUAGAACAUCGAAGCUACAUUAAGCAUAGCUGUCCAAAGGCUGAUAAAAAAGAUGUUACUGUUGUUAUAUGUCCACUAUGUGCGAAAGGUGUUCACUUAAUUCCUGAUGAAGAUCCAAACAUCACUUGGGAGACACAUGUUAAUACUGAAUGUGAUCCAUCAAACUAUGACAAAGUCACAAAGAAGAAAAAAUGCCCAGUUCCUGGCUGUAGGGAAGUCUUGACAUUCUCAAACACAAUCAAGUGUAGGGACUGCACUAUAGACCAUUGCUUAAAGCACCGUUUUGGGCCUGACCACAAUUGUCCUGGACCUAAGAAACCUGACUCAGGUUUUCCAUUUAUGGGUCUUUUGAGCAGGAGUAGAAAAGAAGAAUCAAAACCCAACCGAGCUCCAGCCACAUCUUCAACUAAUUGGGCUACAAGCUUUCGUAAUGCAGCAUCAACCGUUCGAGCCACAGCUGAAGCAAGCAUGACAAAAUUGAGUAGUGAGCUUAGUCAAAAAUGGCAAAUUGCAAGGGAUGGAGCGGGGUUGAGUGGCAGCAGCAGCAGCAGCAGCAACGGGAGCACAGCUCAAGUAGAGGAGUGCCCACAAUGUGGAGCAAAGUUUUCCUCAGUUACAACACUGGUGGAGCAUGUGGAGAAGGUACAUGAAAGGAACAACCAGUCUCGAGUCUUUAAGAUGUCUAUUGACGUAUGCCCCAGGUGUAGCAAAGGGUUUUGUGAUCCAGUGGCCCUUGUAGAGCAUGUUGAGAGGGAUCAUUGUGGCACUUCGAAAGCUUAAAAUUAUUUGGCUGCAAAUUGUGAAGGGCAUACUGCUGGUAAAGUAAUUGUAUCAUGUUGUAUUGCUUUCAUUUUUACCUUUAAAUCAAACGCCAACCCACAUUUGAGAACUUGUCUUCCGAUUAAAUGAUUUUUCAGCAUUCAAAUUUUUUUGAGUUUCAUGUAACAAUGUAAACUUUAAGGUUAAAUACAAGUUCGUAUGGGAAUACAGCAAGAUGGUGUUGAUAGCCAA